ACAGCUGACAUAACCUUACUUAAGAAAUUGUUUACAGUUUUACACAAUAAUAAAAUGUAUUUAGAUAAUAAAACUUAACAGUCGCCAUGUAUUAAUUAGCUAAAUGUUGAGGAAUUUACAUUUAGCACAACUGUCGUAUAAUUUGGACAAAUUAUAAAUAUGAAAGUUAGAAGAAAGAAACGAAAAAUGAUGAAGAUUGAAAAUUCAGAUCCUCCAGUGAAGGAUGAAACGGAAGAAAAGGAGGAUGAAACGGAAGAAAAGGAAUCAGUUAAUAACGAAGAAGUAACCGUCCCUUUGACUGAGAGUACUGAGAAAACUGACCCAGUCGAAGUGGAAAAAAAUUCGGUGAACAUUUGUAGAUUAUGUCUCGUUUUUAUUGAUGAUAACUUUGUACCACUGGAAAAUAUUCUUGCAAUGCUUCAGAUAGUUUUACCAGAAGUGGAUCCGAAAAUUACUAAGAAACCUGUGGUUUGUCAAUUGUGUUGUGAAUUUCUUGAAAAGGCAUCUAAUUUUAUGAUAAAUAGUUUAAAUGUAGAACAAAAAAUUAAGAAUUACUACAAUGCAGCUAAAACUGAGGAGGAAAUCGAUUUAUUUAAUGUGUUAGAAUUUGCUUUUCCUAAAAUUGAAAUGGAUAGCAGUAUUAUUAAUGGGAAUGACUCACAGUAUGACGAUAACGGUGAUUUUGUUCCAACUGACAUCUUGGAAGUUAAACAAUCAAAGGACGAUGAAGAAGCCUCUAAAGUUGAUGAAGACAUCAAACCAAGACCGAAACUUCAAGUGCGUGCUAAUUCAGACGGUAUAACUUAUUAUAAUUGCACGAUGUGCAGUUUUAAAACAAAAUAUAAGUACAGCAUUAAAAUUCACAUGACCAUGAUGCAUACAAAUCCGGACGAGAUUAUCAUGUACUCUUGUUCUCUUUGUUCUUUCCAAACAAAACACAAACGAUACUUGGAAACCCAUAUGCUCGUCCACAAAGAUCCGGAACAAUGUACGAUGCACAAAUGUAAAAUAUGCUCUUUCAAAACAAAAUUCAAAAGCUACAUGAAGACGCAUAUGCUAAUCCAUAAAAAUCCGAAUGAGAUCACUAUGCAUAAAUGCCAGUUUUGUCCCUUUCAAACUAAACAUAAGAAAUACCUGGAGACCCACGUUUUGAUCCAUAUGAGUCCAGAUAUGAUCCCUAUGCACCGUUGCGUCAAGUGUGAUUUCCAAACGAAAUCGAAACCUUAUCUUAAAACCCACAUGCUCACCCAUAAGCAACCGGGGGAAGUUCCUAUGUACCAGUGUAACGAGUGCAGUUUUCAGACCAAGUUUAAAUACUAUUUGAAUAGGCACAUGAUAAUACACAAAAAUCCGGACGAAAUUACUAUGUACAAAUGCGAGCAAUGUUCCUUCCAAACCAAGCACAAGAAAUACCUGGAGACUCACAACACCAUCCACAAAAGCCCCGACGAGUUGAUUAUGUACUCGUGCACGUUAUGCGAGUUUCAGACCAAGUCAAAAGCUUACCUCUUCAAAACUCACAUGCAAAUCCAUAAAAGUCCAGACGAGUUGAUCCUCUUCAAGUGUGAAUUGUGUGCCUUCAAAACUAGACACAAGAGCUACCUGGAGACGCACAUGCUGACACACAAGAGCCCUGACGAGAUAACCAUGCACACCUGCGCGGAAUGCGACUUUCAAACGAAAUUCAAACAUUACCUCAAGAGGCACAUGCUCAUCCAUAAGGCACCUGACGAAUGCGUCAUGUAUAAAUGCCAAGAGUGUUCCUUCGAGACCAAACACAAGAACUAUUUGGACACUCACAUAUUAUACGUUCACAAGAGCAAGGACGAAGUAACCAUGCACUCGUGCACCCAGUGCGACUUUCAGACCAAAUCGAAGGGUUACCUGAAAACCCACAUGUUGCUCCACAGGAGCCCCGACGAGAUUACCAUGUACAAAUGUAAGAGGUGUAGAUUUAAGACUAAACAUAAGAGUUAUCUGAAAACUCACAUACUUCACAUGCAUAACAGGAAGUGGUUAUACAAGAUUUAGGUGGGGGCGAGAGUAGGAGCUUCAAUGUGGACCACUUCAGGUGAUGCUGUACUGUUAGUAGCCCGUUAUUUUAUUUUAUUUUUAUUUUUUGUAAAGUAGGUACCUCAUGCCUGCAGGGUUGGUAUGUUACGUUUGGAAACUACGUGUGCUAAAUAUCAUGUCUCAUAAUGCUCUAAUAAUUGGCCUCAUUUAUGGACCAAUUGAGGCUUCUCCUAUUUUUGUUAACCCCCUUACUAGGGUGAUAUUAUUGCUAUAUUUACUUACCAGUUUAUGAGUCUUUAAUUUAAUGUACCAUGGUUUUUCUGGUUGUUAUGCCAUGGCCUUUAUACAUAUAUUGCACUUCCUUAACCUUAGCUAGGAAUCAUCGACUUGCCCUUUUUGUUCUCGGGCUAGGCUCUGUGGUAUCAGAACCCCUUGGUCUGCUCUGGUUCUUAUUGUCAAUUCUAACGCCGCAUCCAAUGCUUCAUUGUUGCCAUCUUCAACGGCUUCAUCACGAUUUGAGUAACAGUUGACCCCUGAACUGUUCCGUCUGUAGCAGAACUAGAAUGAAGGCCUAGGAGUUCUAAUAGCGGGUCUGACCCCACAGAACCUAGUCUAAGAACAACAAAGGUAGGUCAAAGAUUCCCAGUUAAGGCUACGGAGAUACAAUGUAAGUCUGUCUUCUCCAUAGAAAAAAUAAACUGCCACUUACACUUUUUUCGAGCCAGUUAAGGAAUAUUGCAAAAUAAAAAUAAUCAAACGAAUAUUAAAUGUAACAUAACCACUACAGUGUUAAAGAAUGUUCUUUAGUAUGGGAUGUUUUCUAAUAUUUUGUUUGUAUGCUUUUAUCAAAGUAGUCUUAUUUUUUUAUAAAUUUAUUUAUUGAUUGUUAUUUACAAAAUUCACUUCAAGUGGUCCCAAUUAUACUAUAGGAUUGGAUAUACAUGAAACUUCUGAUUUUCUGCCUUUACUGAUCUCACUUUUAACAAAUUGUGAGCCAAAGUUCCAAAAACCAAAUCGUUGAGAAUUUACAGGAAUGAGACUUUUUUUUAACUAUUUAACUUUUUAAACUUAACCGUUCCUACUUUUUUUGUUCUAAAAAUUAUUUCACGAACAUUUUAAACGAUUUUUCAUGACUGACACAGCCACACAAAAAAAAGUUGUACUUUUCAUGUGACAUGUUAUCCGUAGUAUUUUUUCCUCCUGAUCACAAAUCCAGUGUCGGAAUUGAGCUAUCAAAUUACAGGAAUUUUCUAACCUCAAAAAACAGGUCGAAAAUAGCAAAUAUUCAUGAAAAAAUGUUAGGAAAA